AUGCCUGACCGAACAUAUCAAACUCAAUACCUUUCAUUCGACGACAAUAAUACAAGUCCCAUUGUAUUAGCAACAAUAAGCAAAAAUGGCCAGUGUUUACUUGAACGUUUCUUUUCAAUUAAUAAUGUCUCUGCUGUUAAUUCUUACACUAAUAUAUCAAUGUCUACAACUAAAUCGACAAAAACAAAUUUAUCGAAUGCCGUGCUCAUGGCACGACCAUUCGAUGAAUUCACUACCGAUAUAGCAAUAAUACCAUCUGGUCCUUUAGAUACACACAGUUUUGAUAAAACAACAAAAUCGGACAAAGAUUAA